CCGGAAAUAAUUCGUUUUAACAAUAGAUCUUAGGAUAUAAGAAUAAUCUAUCUAGAGCGGGAUCUUGCCGGAGACGGUCGGGUAAUUUCGCCAUUUGCGCAUACAUAUGUAAACGGUCCAAAUGCCUAUAUAUCUCCGAAUAGAGACAAGUAAAGGCUAAUUACUGUUUCUUACCUUUGGUACCUUUGGUAAUAAUUCCGGCUUGAAUCUCACCUGUACUCUGACCUUUUCGAAUUCUUACCUACCUACGUAAUAUGCUCCCCCGGCCUAUGAUGCAUCAAGGUCUUUCGAAAGAUAAUUAUUCAUGAGGAGGACUUGUUAAGAAUGCGCUGCUAUUCGCUUCGCACUCCUCCCGUGCGACGUUUCUCUGCCCAGAUCAUUGUAAGACUUCAGCCAGGACGCCACAUAUGCACUCGAUGCUUGAUAACGAGGGCGGGUGAAAGUCGACGAAACACGAUCAGUUCUUCUGCAGCCAGUCGCAAGCCAUCGUCCGCCAUCUUGAAAUGGCCCGCUCUCUCGCCAAGCGCAUCCAGACGUUUUGCGACCGUUGCGACACCCUCUUUAGAGAAUGCUCGCAUACCCGAUGACCAUGGCCCGAUUCAAGAAUACGAUCGGCGAGUGCAGGAAGGGCGCCUCCGAGAGGACCAGCACCAACGCGGGAUUAUCCAGAAUUUGCAAAAUUUACACGACGAACUAGUUCAUUACCGAGCGCAACCCGUUGUGCGCCCGAACCUCGAGACUCUAAAACCGACCAAAUCAUUAUUUUCGUGGUUCGGACCGAAGCCAGCCACUAGAGCCAUACAAGAUAUCCCAGCCAAUCUGCCGCGAGGAUUAUAUUUGUACGGCGACGUCGGGAGCGGGAAGACUAUGUUGAUGGACCUCUUCUACGACACAUUGCCCAGUUCCGUCCAAUCUAAGACCAGAAUACAUUUCCAUAAUUUUAUGCAGGAUGUGCACAAGAGGUUGCAUAAGAUGAAGAUGACGCAUGGAAACGAUAUAGACGCAGUCCCGUUUGUAGCAGCAGAUAUCGCAGAGAAGGCGAAUGUUCUGUGUUUCGAUGAGUUCCAAUGCACUGAUGUAGCCGAUGCGAUGAUCCUACGAAGGCUUUUAGAGGCACUAAUGUCCCACGGAGUUGUUCUCGUGACGACAUCAAACCGAAAUCCGGAUGAGUUAUAUAAAAACGGGAUUCAGCGCGAAUCCUUUAUUCCGGCGAUCCACCUUCUAAAGUCGCGGCUGCAUGUCAUCAAUCUCAACUCCCCUACCGAUUACCGCAAAAUCCCCCGGCCGCCGUCCGGGGUCUACCACACGCCGCUCGACAACCAGGCGGCAUUGCACAUAGAGAAGUGGCUCCGGUUUCUUGGCGAUCCCGAUGCGCCAGAACCUCACCCAGAAACACAAAAGGUCUGGGGCCGCGACAUCUACGUUCCGAGAGUUAGCGGCCGCUGCGCUUGGUUCACCUUCCAAGAACUGAUUGGCCGUGCGACAGGCGCGGCUGAUUACCUCGAGCUGAUGCGCUGCUACGACGCGUUUAUCAUAUCUGACGUGCCCGGCAUGACUUUCCGAGAGCGCGAUCUUGCAAGACGCUUCAUUACGUUUAUAGACGCUGUCUACGAAUCCCGCGCCAAGCUCGUCCUCACCACGGCCGUUCCUUUAACGGAAUUAUUCAUCUCGCCCCAGGAACUGCGGGAGUCCCUGAAAAGGGAUGGAAAGCCUAUAGACGACGACGAUGACGAAUCGACUAGCCACGCCAUGCAGCACAUGCUCGAGGACGUGGACAGUAACAUUGACCAGUUAAAAAACUCGAGUCUGUUCUCCGGCGACGAAGAGCGCUUUGCAUUUGCGCGAGCGCUAUCGAGGCUGAGUGAGAUGUCUAGUCAAGAGUGGGUUGAGCGCGGUAUGGGUCUAGAAAGUUUAGGGGGCAAAAAGGAGAGGGGACGACUGGGCAAAGGCCCGUAGCCGACAGAUGGAGGAUAGUAUGUGAUGCGAUAUGGAUUAGACAGGAUCUUGUCCUACUGCACACUAGCAUAGUUUGGCGUUUAUUCCUGGCUCGACGGUUUGUUACGGGACGCAUAGAAUGGCGGCGAGUGGGCUACAGGUUUGUGGCUAGAGUGCUUGAUACCUACUUACAUCGUAGAAGUCACUUAUUGCUAGAUUUUGCGCUAAGAUAUACGAGAUUCGUGGAA